CCAACAUAAUGUAUUACUUUUCAUACCACACAAUUUAUACACAAACUGCCUCAUUUCAUUGCUCCAAUAAUAUUGAAAGCUCUGUUGUGUCUGACCACAACAUGACGUGGAAAUUCCAUGAGCGGCCCUUUUGUACUUUCUUUCUUUUCAUUUGAUUGCAGUCUCCCUCGUCUUUCUGGAGUUUCACAGCCCACCAUAAUCCCAUUCUAAUUUUAACUUCCUCAAUAUAUUCUCCUUGUUCAAUUUUUAUUCUAUUAUAGAAAUUGAAGCUGGGAAGCAGAAGCUAAAGCUUCAACAGAAGGAGGAGAUUUUGUGUUUUUUUUUUUUCAGCUUUAGAAGAAAUGAAGGGGAAGCUUCAGGCUCCUUCAAAAGAGGGAAGUUCAUCAGAUAAAACAUCUUGUAUUUCUUCAGCUGGAGAUAAUUCAAGUACCAACUUGAAGGAGACUGAUCUGGAGUGUGAAUUAAAGCCAACAGAUCAGGACUCAACUUAUCACAAUUAUGGAUAUUACUAUCCAGGUUUGGAUGUUUCUAUUGGUGAAUUUGAUGAUCAAGGAUACUACACGCCUGCUGAUCGAUCGGAAUUUCAGUACCCUGUAAGUAUUUAUCAGUCCUAAUUUGAUUUAGUUGAUGAAAUGCUGAAUUUGAUAAUAUGCUUUUACCCUUUUGUUCAAGCUGAUGGACGCCAGUGAGAAGUUUAUAUUUCUUUAUGAGAGCUUCCUUGGGUUGAUCUGGCUCGCUUAAGUGUUUCGCAAUGCCAUUUUUAUGUUCAAAAUGAAUUGAUCAUCCGUUCACUAAUGAUUCAUCUAGAUUUUACAAGCAGAUGGAUCUCUUGUAUGUGUCAUGCCAGCAUUUCAGCCUGGCUACAGUUCAUUUGGAGUAGAUGGGCCAUUUUCACCUGGCUCUGUGUUUCAACCAUCCAUUACUUCCCCAGGAUUUUAUCCAAACGCUCUUCCUUAUGGAAACUUUAUUCUCUCACCCUACAUCUGGGAUCCAUCCUUGUUGGUUGGGGAUGCAGUAUAUGGAGAUAAUCACAGUGGACAUCCUGAAAUACGUGGUUCUAAACCUCGUAUAUCUUCAGCUAAUCAUACCUGUGCUCCUUAUUCCAAAAAAUCAUCACAGUCAGAGUUUACCAAACCAUCAGAAAUGAAGAGCUCUGUACCAUCAGGCUACAGUGUGCAAAACCAAUUGAAAUCUUCAAGCAAGGCAUCACAACAUGGGUCGAUUAUCCAGUCGGAUGCACCCGGAAAAGGACAUUUCCCAUUUGCAAAAUACCCCUUGUAUAAUCAAGGGAAGGGUGGAAUGCUCUAUUUAAACUAUUAUGUUAAUGGUAAAACAAAUGCACAGGUUUGGGGUGGAAUUGAAAAGACGAAAACAAGAAGCAAGGGCACCAGUGUUAGUGAUUUUGGUUUGCUUAGUGAACAGAAUCAUGUUCCUAGGAUAACAAAUGCUAAAGGUGCUUUGGUAUCUGGAGGCAAUGCUUCUGGACCUUUGGCUACCGAUGGGAAUGGAAGCAACAACAGCAUAGCUUCUCUUGUGAGGAGGGAUCAAUAUAACCGUCCUGACUUCCCAACCAAAUACGAUAAUGCGUAUUUCUUUGUAAUAAAAUCUUAUAGUGAAGAUGACAUUCACAAAAGCAUCAAAUACAAUGUAUGGGCUAGUACUCCCAAUGGAAAUAAGAGGCUGGAUGCUGCAUAUGAAGAUGCACAAAGUAGGAUAGUUGAGAAAGGGAGAAAGCGUCCUGUGUUCCUUUUCUUUUCGGUAAAUGCAAGUGGUCAGUUCUGUGGAGUUGCUGAGAUGGUUGGCCGAGUGGAUUUAAAUAAGAAUAUGGAUUUUUGGCAGCAGGAUAAAUGGAAUGGGUUUUUCCCGGUUAAGUGGCACAUUAUAAAAGAUGUUCCAAAUCCGCAAUUAAGACAUAUAAUACUUGAAAAUAAUGACAAUAAGCCUGUAACCAAUAGCAGAGACACACAGGAGGUGCAGUUAAAAUUUUCUCAGGGUGUUGAAAUGUUAAACAUUUUCAAGAACUAUGCAUCAAAGACAUCUAUACUGGACGAUUUCGAAUUUUAUGAAAGUCGACAAAAGAUGAUGCAAGGAAAGAAAGCAAGACCUUCUGUGCCUCAUUUUGAUCAUAUACAGAAAGCAGAUGAGCUAACCACCAGUUUCAAGUCAGUAGAUUUAUCUUCAAGGGAAAAUGUUGAAGAACCUUGCAAGGAAUUAACCCCCAUUAUGGGCAUAGUGGACGAUUACCAAAAACCAGCAGCUGCAUGGGAUUGCUGCAAAUUUGAGCCUCAUCACUGCUGCUGAUGGCAUUACUGCCUGAAUACAAUAUAGAAGUUUGAAGGAGGAACAGUUUCUGAAGAAGAAAAUGUGAUAUUUUGGAUAGAAGGUGAAUGGAAUUAUGAUUAUGAAGAUCUUUUAUGAUGGUACACUAGGUGAGAAUACUUUCUUUAGAAAAGAAAAUAAAAGAAAAGAGGGUAAAUUCCCAUAGGUUUGAGAAAUAUCAAUAAAUCUCCCCUACUUUUUAGUUAACAAUACAAGUAGAGAGAUGAAAUUUCAUUAAUGUCCCACAUUAUUCCCAAAAAAGAUACAAGACUUGUAGGGAGGUUUGUCAUUAUUUUUCAAACUUGGAGGGUUGUAAUUGUAAUUUACUUUUCAUACCUUAGGGAGUUUGCGUAAUUAACCCAAAAAAUAAUAGGAAGAUGAUAGUGGUUCGGGCAAGAAGGCGGUCUUAUGUGUGCCAUAGAAGAAGUUUGGAUGAUGGUCAUUAAAAUGGCCUGAAUGUGGUGUCACUUAAUGCAAGUUUGCUCUGUAUACAUUGUUAACUUACAAAUUGUAAGUUUACAUGCCCACAUCAAUAAAUGUAUUCCACUGAAA